GACCAGCAGGGGAUCUCGGAGCAGCAGCGGGCCCCAGAGGGACGCGGGCGCAUUGGCCCACUGGCAUGUGGACACGCAGUGGCGCCUAUCAACCACUGCCCUGCUGAGUUGCGGAUUAACCUUGGUAUGGCAGAUGUAACAAAUAAGAGUGGACGGGUAGAGGGACGUGGUGGAGGCCUGGUGUUGCAGGUGGAGCCCCGCGUGUGUUUACAUGAUGUGUCUACCAUCAUCCGUGUGACUGGUGUGGAUCCUCACAGCCCCAUCACCCUGCGAGCUGACACGUACACUGAUGGUGGCGAUAAGUUCAGUUCUCACGCCCACUACAUCAGUGAUGAGAAGGGGACUGUGGAUGUUCGUAACAGUGAAUCAGUGGGCGGGUCCUACAAGGGAGUUUUUCCUGCAGGUCUUCUGUCAACUCUUAAAGGAGUGACCAAUGCACGAGUCAGAUUAUAUAAGGAAGACCCCACGACACCCUGGAAGGUGAAGGUGACGGCAUGUGAGGGUCAUGUGACACAACAGGAAGAGCAGAAGGUGAAUGUGGUGUCAACAAUGAUGGAGCGCCACCUGAUGGGUCCCGGAGUGACCCGUGUUCGUGUCCAUCAUGGCAAAGUGCGAGGGUAUCUCUUCAUGCCCCAAGGCCCGGGCCCCUUCCCUGGCAUCAUCGACAUCUUUGGAGGCUUUGGUGGCAUUCGACAGUACAGAGCAGCGAUUUUCGCAUCCAGAGGCUUCGCUUCCUUGGCUCUCCCUUUCUUCAGUUAUGAAGACUUACCCAAAAAACAUGACAUUUAUGAACUGGACUACUUUGAAGAAGCAGUAGAGUUUCUUCUAUCUCAGCCUAGAAUCAUCCCUGACCGCUGUGCCUUGUUCUGCUCAAGUAAAGCAGCAGAAAUAAGUCUCACCAUGGCAAUACACCUGGAAAAAGUAAAAGCAGUCUUCAGUGUUUGUGGCAGUGUGGCUCCCAUGUUAACGACAAUGACUUACCGAGGGAAGGAACUUUGGAAGGGCUUACACAAUGGCUUAGAGAAAUUUGUAACAUAUGACUCUAAGAACCAGGGUAUAAUUUUUGUUGACAAAGUUAUGCAGGACUUUUUCCGCGAUGGUAACUCGUUUAUAUUACCGUGCGAGACAGCCCCAGACGACACAUACUUCUUGUUCGUUGCUGGCGACGAAGAUACGACUCGCACGGAAUACAGCGUCCAAGCGAUGGCUCACCGCAUGAAACUGCAUGGACGGGAAAAUCAGUGUCGAACUAUAGUGUACCCAGGGGUCGGUCACAUAAUAGAAAUGCCAUAUAAUACCUUCCCGGAGCACAGCUAUAAUAACGUGAAACUCCCAGGUUCCACCAAAGAAGAAAUGGUAGCAUCAUACUGGGCAGGAAAUGCUGUAGGAUUCUGCAAGGCUCAGGAGGACUUAUGGCAGCAGGCUCGGAGCUUCUUCGAACUCCACGUCCGUGACCAGAGUCACUGGUAUCAGAAUUUUCUGGAGGAAAGCUGCAGAAAGGAAAAUGAGACUUAAGUGUUACUAAAAUCAGGUCUUUGAUCCGAGUUUCUCACCGAAUUAUUUUAAGUGGGAACCACCGGCCCUAUACAGGAGACGGCUAUAUUGAUUGAUUUGAAGAAUUCCAUAUGCAUGUGUAUUGUACAUUUACUUUAGAAGUAAUUCAGAUACCACAAUGAAAACAUUACGAUUAUUUUUCAAAAGCAAUUUGAUGCAGGAGAUUAGACUAGUGUCAAUGUUCUUAUUCACUAUGCUCCCCUGUUCAAACAUUAAAUAAAAUUGAAUCUUGGAAUUUUGAAGAGUUGAGGAUUGUUUGGUACAGUAUAGGAAAACUUUUCGUGGCAGGGAAUUACACAAAGUGUUAGUCUAAGAUACAAAUUAAUUAUAGUAGGGAAUGACAGCAGAGAUAUAUGGGAUUCUACUGUAUGGGGUUGUUAAAAACAUGUUAAAUUGCUCAAAGUCUUCUUGCUAUUUUUUUUCUUUUACUGGCAUUGAACAGUAAAGAGAUGAGGAUAUCUGAUGUCUGGCACUGUAAAUUUUAUUUCAAAUUUAUGGGGAAAUCAAAAUAAAAGCUUCGUAAGAAUGAA